AUGAUUAAUGACACAUUUUUAGCAGAUGAACAAGAUAUCUCUGAUUAUAAACCUAGUGGCGACUCAGAGUUGGAUACUGAUGCAGAAACUGACAAUGACUUAAAGGAACUGGAAAGUUCCUGUCAGCUGAAACAGCUGAACCAUCUCCCAUGGCUUCCAGGGUCAAGGCAAACAGCUGAACCUUUCCCCUUCUCGUCGGCCCAACCAAAGGCUCCCAUGGCUUCCAGGGCAAAGGCUCAGUCUGUGCGUGAUCGUAAACGAGAAAACAAGACACCUGUUUGGGUAGAUCAUUCCAAUGAUGUGGAGGAACUCAAGGCUGCGUCAAAUGACUAUGCCAAUCCGAAGUCUCCAAACAACAACUUCCUGGUACUAGAUGAUGACAACGAUGACAACGACAACCAUCAUGGUCAUUCUCAGGGGCCCAAACUUGUACAGAGUAGGGAUUAG